AUGAUCGUGCCGACAUUGGUCAAUGUCGACGCGGAGGUGUAUCGUGACUACAUUUUUACAAGAGUUAUCCCAGCGAUCAAGGGCAAGUUUCCCACCUCGACCAAGCGCGUUGUGAUUCAGCACGACAAUGCCACUCCUCAUGGCGGCAUCACCAACGAAGACCUUGCCUCCGUUUCGACCGAUGGAUGGACUUUCGUCCUUCGCCGUCAGCCUCCAAACAGCCCAGAUCUAAACGUCCUAGAUCUGGGCUUCUUUGCCUCGAUUCAAUCGCUACAAUACAAGCUGGUGAGUCGCUCGGUUGAUGAUGUGAUUCGUGCUACCCUGGUAGCGUUUGAACUUUGCGACAGCGAGUCCCUGGCGAAGGUGUUCCUAACCCUGCAAGCGGUUAUGCGACUUAUCGUCGAACAUGGUGGUGGCAAUCAAUAUCGUUUACCUCACUUGCGAAAGGAUGCCAUGCGUCGUGUCGCGGCACAAACGGCCAGUAUUUCCUGA